GUACUGUGUAAGUGCUUCCAGGGUUAGGGCUGUACAAGAUUGUUCCUCCCUAGCCGGCGCCACGUAUUUUGCUAAGGAAGCCACAACGCCACAACCGACUCCAUUCCAACGCGCCAAGAUGGAGGCCACCAAUGGCUCGCGUUCCAGCGACUCGAGCCGUUCCCUGACGCCUCCACAGUCUCGCAUCCCACUGAGCUCCAGCAUGAGCUUAACUGCGACCUCAGCAGCCGACGACGACGAGCCAUUCCAAAACACCAUUCUUCCAGACUCGUUCUUUCGAGCUCCCAUCCCCUCUACACGGCAGAACAAAGACGCCUGCUUCACGCAGGUGCACAUGCACCGGUCGCAGCACGCCGACCUGUUCGAGGAGUUCUGCAAGGACCGCCUGCCCAAGGACGACGUGCUGGUGCCGCCCGACCUGCAGCCCGUCAACCCGGAGGAGGAGGACGACGUGGUGCCGGACCAGCACGCCGCCUACGGCGUGCAAAAGGCCACGCAGCGCGCCCGCGAGCCCGCCUGGAAGGACCUGGGGCUGUCCGAGCUGAUGGCGCGCGGCCCUGUGGCUGGGGUGGCGCCGAAGCGGCGGCUGGGGGGGAAGCGGAGGGGUGGUGGUGCUGGUGCUGGGGCCGGGGUUGGGGCUGGUGGUGGUGCUGCGGGUGGUGGGGGGCAGUAUCAGGGUUUGCCGCGGUGAGGGGCUUUGGCUUUGGCUGGUUUGCUGGUUUUGGGGUGUUGCAUGCAUCGCUGGGAGUUUGGUUGGGAAGGUUAUCAGGUCGUUAAUCAUGCUGAUGCAUUAUUGGGGGUGGUCAUGGACAGGCGCAUUGUGGAGGCGUUAACGUAGCGAUAUCCAUUCC